GUUAAUAUUGGCCUCUUAGAGUAAAUAACGAUGUUUUUUCCGUUAAAAUUUAACAUUUAUUUGUCAGCCUUUUCAUAAAACUUACGUUCAUAUUAACUUUUUAACGGUUUUGGUAUGUCUAAGCAGCGAAAUUCGAAAUCAGCCAAGUCCAAUGUUGGUAAACUUGCAUCAGACCAACCACAAAAUUGCGAUCAAGAUCAGAGUGCCUUGCGUGAAGGGAAAGAUGAAACUUUGUCUUCCCCAGCUACAAGAGCUCAGGAAUCCUUUAGUGUCUAUUAUGUUUCGUUAUCUGUGGUAGUUGUUUUGGUUGCGGGCCUUUUAGCCUUUUCUGUUUCUCAUCGUUUUAAAAAUUCCGUAACUGUGCCAACCAAGGCAGAUACCAAACCCAAAGGGCUGGUUCUACUUACUGAAGAAGAACUUUCCAAACAUGAUGGGUCCGAUCCUAAUGUCCCAGUAUAUCUGUCAAUUCUCGGUCGAAUUUACGAUGUCGAUAAAGGAAGACAGCAUUAUGAAGUUGGGAGCGGGUACAAUGUGUUUGCAGGUCGGGAUUCCACGCCAUCGUUUGUGACAGGAGAAUUCUCAAGAGAGAAAGCUACGGAUGAUGUGAAGGGAUUAUCUCCAGAAGAAAUGUUAGGUGUCAAAGAGUGGUUAGACUUCUACAGAAAGGAUUAUAUCUAUGUUGGAAAGCUAAUUGGUCGCUACUAUGACAGUGAAGGAAAUCCCACUGAAGCACUGAAGGAAGCUAAAACAGUCAUUAAGGAAGGGCAAAAAUUAAAGAAGCUUCAAGAAGCUCAAAAUAAACGUUAUCCAGGUUGUAACUCUAAAUGGAAUGCAGAGGAAGGCUCGACAGUUUGGUGCUCUCAAAACAGUGGUGGAAUAAGUCGUAGUUGGGUCGGAGUACCAAGAAAAAUGUUUAAACCAGGGAAAAAGGAUUCUAAGUGUGUGUGUAUCAAGACUACUGGCCCAUCAAGUGACACUGGUGAAGGAAAUGAUGGUGACUUGAAUAAUCCAACAAUGAAGCAGUAUGUUGGGUGUGGCAAAUAUGAUGUCUCAUGUAAACUCUAAUUUUUAUUGACAUGGAGAAAUUGAUUGCUCUCUACUUUUAAUCACUUUUAAAGCCCUAAAUCAAUUAAAUGUUAUAAACUAAUUAAUUAAAGUAAAAGUCUUCUGUUCAAAUGUAAACUUAAAUGUAAGUGGAGCCUUUUUAGUGAUGGUAGUACAUAGUUGAAUUAUAUUUGAAUAAUUGUUAUGUUUAAUUAACUUAGAUGCAUUAUCAUGGGAUAGUUUGUCAAGGGUGGCACAGGAUUCAUCAAAGUAUCGUGCUAUUAUUUAAUCAAAGUAUUCAAUGUUGGAUAUUUUAUAUUUUUUGCUAGAAAUGCAGCAAAUUAUUUCAGUCUUACACUGUCUGUACCAUACUUUACCUCACCUGUUGUUAGAAUUUUUAAUUUUUUACACAAUUAAAAGAUUAUCCACCAUUGUCACAGCUCAGACUAGAAAGUUAGGUAUUUCCAAAGGACAUUUACAAUAGUUUAUAAUUUGUUCAUUAUCAGCAUCUUCAAUAUGAGAUGGAAACAGGAGCUGGAAGCUGGAAAUUGGGAUAUGGAGGAUUUUGUGUUUUUAUUGAGCUGGAACAAGGGACUUGUUCCAGCGCAUUAGAUCUUGUAAUUCAAGCGCAUUAGAUCACAUACCCAUGUAUUUUGCACUAUAUAAAUAAUGAAGUUAAAAUUAAAUUGUUUCUCACUA